AUGGCAACGAAGUUGGAGAGCAAAUGUAAUGGAAAUACUACCGGUAGUCAACAUCAGGCCACGGCAUCGUUUCCUGUAGUAGAAGUCCACCAUGAAGAAGACAGAAGUCUCAUCUCCUCCAUCACAGGCGUUCCGCUGGGGCCCUCUGACUUGUUGCAUGCCACUACCGGUAGUCACGCCUAUCCUUCCGCGGCCUUGGCAGCUGGGCCUGCCUCGGCGUCUCCGCUGGAUGUUUUGUCAACUUUUGAGCCAAAAGAAGAUACCACUGAUAUCAUCUAUAGGGUUGCUCCAAGGCCACUCUCUCAGUCCACAUCUACGCCAAUAACCAUCUCCCAGCAGACGCCGCCAUCCAACUCGAACCACCAUUUUACUACUAACUUGAGCAGGAGAACCCCAGCAAGAAUGUCCUUGACAGAUGACAAUAGCAGUGUGGAGCCGCCUCAAAUGUCAAUUGGAGACGAUGAAAGUAGUUCUGAACAACCGUCAAGGCUAGGAGCCAUCACGGAACAAAUGACCGAACUCAGUCUUUAUCGCAGUCAAAUACACCGCCCUUCCUCCAGUGGGCAGCAAAACUCUCACUCGUCGACUUCCAGCCCCUCCAGAUCCAAGAAAAGACUCUCCUUUUGGGAAGCCAAAAUGGUGGGCCGGGACGAACAGUUCCGUCUAUUGACAGAGUCCCUCACCCGCUAUUAUUCAUCCAGCAUGCAGAACCGCGAAAACACCAAAUCACACCUUGUGGAAAUCAGUGGGGAGUCGGGGACUGGCAAAACCAGGCUAGCAGAAAGCCUCAAAUCCACAAAACUCUUUCAAGCCCAUGAAAACAAUCCACUCUUUGCACAAGGAAAAUUUGACUUUCUGCUCAGGGAUGAACCCUAUGCAGGGAUAAUUGCCGCUUGUGAGGACAUUGCCGAACACAUUCUAAAACUUGGUCAGGCACACGCUUCAAGCCAGCAAAAGCAGUUGAGGGCCCAUAUUGUGGACACGCUAGCAAUGGCCAUUGACACGGAAGAACUCGAGCUCUUGAUCACAAUGGUCCCACUCAUGGGACAGGUCCUGGACAUCAAUCCACUUUCGCAAAGUCAUACUAAUGAUCCUACAUGUAGUAGAAAGAAGGAUGACUUUAUUCAACUUGAUAACAAAAAGACUCAAUUGCAGGAAACCUUUCGACGCUUUAUGAAAGUCAUUUGUCAGAGCUUCUCGCCCGUGGUCCUAUGCGCCGAUGACGUCCAGUGGGCCGAUGCCGAAAGUCUUCGUUUGCUGCAAGAAAUGCUCGAACCGCAACAACCAUACACAAUCUUUUGCAUCUUGCUCUAUCGAUCCAAUGAAGUGGCCAACAAUGCCUGCCUCACAAAGUCCAUUGAACACUACAAACACGAACAUGCAUCUGGCAACAUUGAUCGGACACACAUUCUGCUGGGCAAUCUCUCCAACGAAUCAGUCCAUCUGUACUUGCAAGAUUUGUUGAUAGAGAGCCAACCAUCGUCCGAAACGAAUACUUCCGAGACCACGGGGUUACAAGGUCUGACGGCAAUCUGCCACCAACGAACACAAGGAAACAUCUUCUUUCUGAAUAGCUUCCUCACCAUGCUCAAUAGCUACGGCUUCCUCACGUACGACACCAAUCUACAAAAGUGGACAUGGGAUGAGAAAGAAAUUGAAAUCAGAACUCAGUCGACCAACAAUGUGGUCGAACUCUUGAUGGAACGAAUGAAAACACUCGAUAGCCCCUCCUGUCGGGAGCUCUUGCGAUUGGCCGCUUGUUUGGGUUCCACCUGCAAGGAGUCCGUCCUUCAACUGUUGUGGUCCAACAUGUUUCACAAUAAACUGCAACAACCUCCAACGCUAUCACAAUCAGUGUUUCGAGCCAGCCUGAAGCGUUUGUACCACGAAGGCUUCUUCCAAGAACUCAACGAUGGCAGCUACAAAUGGAACCAUGACCAAAUUCGCGCUGCGGCCAUCAUGCUAACUCCGGAAACCGAGCGGGAUGGCUUUCACCGACGAGUCGGUGAAGCAUUAGCUCACUACUUGAAAGAGGACUUGGACUCAAUGAUCUAUGUGGUGGCGCAUUUAGUCAGCCAAGGAUUGCCGCCAGAGGCACAAGCCAAGCGUAAUCAGUAUGCGGAACUCUGUCUUCGGGCAAGUCAGCGUGCUACAAACGUUGCUGCGUUCACCAAUGCAAAGCUCUUUGCCGAAAAGGGGCUAUCAUUCCUUCCUGGUGGCGACGACAAAUGGAUACGAAACAAUCAACUAUGCCAUGAGCUGUACAUGUGCCUCAUCCAGGCGGAACGUAUUUGCGGCGAUAUUGUGCCCAUGGAAAAGCACUGCAACGAGUUGAUCGAUGCACAAUCAGAUAAACCAAUCAGCGUGAGGCUGGGAGCAAUCCAAAACCUAUACACAGGAAUCUUCUUUCUGGGGUCAGCGGACCGGGGCAAGGAAGGCGUCGAGAUUGGAUUCAAGACUCUCGAGCAACUUGGUUGUCGAUUUCCGAAGGGAAAUCUUGCCAUCAACGCCAAAACAAUAGCUUGCUUACUCUCACUCAAGAGAAUGAAGUCUAAACUUGCAAGGACAAAAGGAGAGGUCAACUUGAAAAUGAUGGUUGAGUCAGACCCGCCGGAAAACGUUGAAGAAUCCUGCAGAGUCAUUUACUCUCUCUUGGUGAUGUUGUACCUAUGCCACGAUGCCCGCUUGGCCAUUGCCGUCGUUCGCUUCCUUGAAUACACAUUCAAAUAUGGUGUCUCUGUCUACGCUCCGCCGGUGUUUGCGUACGCGGCAGCAAUCCUCACAGGGCCACUCGAUGAUAUGAUUGGGGCGUCCGCUCUUGCCCACUAUGGCUUGAAGCUUAUGCAGAAAGUGAAGUACAGGCCGAUUGUACCUAACACUUUGGGCCUCUCUUACCAGUUUGCUCUGCACCGGACACUGCCGUCCAGGGAAUCUGCGAUGCAUCUGCGAAUGGCAAGUGAGAUUGGCCUCAAGAUAGGCGAUCGUGAACUGGCUGACCUCUUUGCCUUCAACGCUACCUUCUACCGCUUUUUGAGCGGGGACAAUCUACCAGAACUUGCAAACGACUGCCGAGCUGACAUUGUUCAAAUGCAGCAGACAAAAAAUGACUAUGCCAUACAGUUCAUACAGUGGGCAUUGAGGGUUUAUGUGACCCUACUGGGAGAAGAUACUGAUGAGAUCAUGGAACGCAUCCAUUCGCACCCACUCGGAGCCCCGAAUGCUGACAAUCCGACACAGGAAACGGACCAUUUCUACAUCUUCUUUGCCAAGAAAAUGCUUGGCACGUACAUGGGAGAUUUUCAGGUUGUGGCAGGAAUAUCGCUUGUGCACUCGAACAGCCUGGACAAGGUGUAUAUUGGUACGCCGUACCAAAUGGUUGACCGUUUCCUGAGGGGACUGUCGUGCUUGGUUGUGGCGCGAAGAAGUGGAGCGAGAUCGCUGCUUUUGGAGGGCAAGCGUAUGUUGGCUAUGAUCAAGAGAUGGGUGAAACAGGGCUGCCCUAACGUUCGUCACUAUGAAGCCAUUAUGAGCGCUGAGCUGAGCGCCAUCAAAAAGAGAAAGCGGAAGAAAGUGAUGGAGAAGUACCAGCGAGCAGUCGACUUGGCCCUUGAAUGUGGUUGUGUUCAAGACGGGGCACUCUUUUACGAAUGCUGGGGCUUGUAUGCGCUAGAGUCCCUGGGAGCCAAACUUGAAGCCGUAGGCUACAUCCAACAGUCCAUCCGUCUAUUCACAUCAUGGGGAGCGCAAGGCAAAGUUCAGAAAAUGAGGCUACAAUACGGCAAUCUACUCCGAGGAGCUGAUGACACGUCGUCGACGUUGAAAGUUCCGUCACAGCAAACGUUGACGGUUGGUAGCGGCAAUCAACAAAGUGCCCCAGCUUCCAUUGACGUGUCCAAUGGCAUGGUAGGGGCUUGA